AUGGCCACCUUCACCGAACGCUUCACCAAGGGUGCCUUCCCCGUCCACUCGGUCGCCGAGGCCGUCAAGCCCGGCCCGCAGGGUGUGGAUCUCUACUCGCGAUUCUUCCUCGCCGGUGCGCUCUGCUGCUCCAUCACCCACGGUGCCGUUACCCCCAUCGAUGUGGUCAAGACGCGCAUCCAGCUCGAGCCCACCGUGUACAACAAGGGCAUGAUCGGCGGCUUCCGUCAGGUGAUUGCCAAGGAGGGUGCGGGCGCGCUUCUUACCGGUCUCGGCCCCACCGUUCUCGGCUACUUCCUCCAGGGCGGUUUCAAGUUUGGCGGUUACGAGCUCUUCAAGAAGGUCAUUGUCUCGCAGAUGGACAACGAGACCGCCGUGAACAACCGCAUGGCCAUCUACCUCGGUGCCUCGGCCAUUGCCGAGUUCUUCGCCGACAUUGCGCUCUGCCCUCUCGAGGCCACGCGUAUCCGUCUGGUGUCGCAGCCCACCUUUGCCAACGGUCUUGCUCCCGCCUUCCUCAAGAUCGCGCGCGAGGAGGGUCUCGGCGGCUUCUACGCCGGCUUUGGUCCCAUCCUCUUCAAGCAGAUCCCUUACAACAUGGCCAAGUUCGCCACCAUGGAGGUGGUGCUCGAGAAGGCCGUCCAGGCGUACGGCAAGCCCAAGUCCGAACUCUCGGGUGGCGAGGCUACCAUGCUCAACCUCGGCUCGGGUCUGAUCGCCGGUUUCGCCGCUGCCACCAUCUCGCAGCCCGCCGACACGCUGCUCUCCAAGAUCAACAAGCAGAAGGCGCUCCCCGGCGAGACCAUCACCGGCCGCAUCACCAAGAUGGCCGGCGAGCUCGGCGUGCGUGGCCUCUUUGGCGGUCUCACCACGCGUCUCGUCAUGGUCGGCUCCAUCACCGCCGGUCAGUUCGCCAUCUACGGCCAGCUCAAGAGCGCCCUCGGUGCCACCAACACCGUCGAGAUCUCCAAGGCCGCCUAA